AUGAAUCCUCUAACAAAUAUGAAAAAUGUUUUGAAAUUGAGCGAAAACGAAUUAGAUAGGAGAAAUAAGACUUCCUGGCACGAUCAAUACAAAGAUAGUGCCUGGAUAUUCGUCGGAGGGUUGCCAUAUGACUUGAGUGAAGGCGAUAUAAUAUGCAUAUUUUCACAGUAUGGAGAAAUUGUAAAUAUCAACCUUGUUCGAGACAAAGAUACAGGAAAAUCCAAAGGAUUCUGUUUUAUUUGUUACGAAGAUCAGAGAUCAACUGUACUAGCAGUGGAUAACUUUAAUGGCAUUAGAGUGAUUGGACGAAUAAUUCGAGUUGAUCAUGUUGCUGAAUACAAAGUUCCUAAAGAAAGCCGAAAAAACGAUAAAUCAGAUAAGAAUGAUUCAAGAAAAAGAGGUAAAUACAAUUAA